UUCUCCCCCCAGCACCUUUGUUCCUUUCUGUCCUGAAGAGCUGCAGGCACCCCCAUGAGCUAAAAUGACGCUGGAGCUGCAGGGGAGCUGGCCCUUGCUGGUGGGCAAGAGGUUCCUCAGCCUGUCGGAGGAGGAGGAGGAGAGUGGCUCCUGGGAAACUUCGCCCGUGUCCGAGUGGCCAUGGAAAUCGGGCAGGAUCCGAGCGGUUUCGCACACGGAUGUUUCCAAGCAGGACUUGAAGGUGUGUGUGGAAUUUGAUGGUGAGUCAUGGGAGAGGAGAAGGUGGAUAGAGGUAUACAACCCAAAAAUGAAAGGGUUUCUAGUUGAGCAGAAGUUGGUACUGGCUGAACGGAAGUCUCAAGUUGCCUCUACACCUGCAGUGCAGUGGCCUGCAAUGAUUUAUGAAUCCUUAUUGGACAAAGCUGGUUUGGGAUCCACAGUUUCUGUACGCUUUCUUGGAGAAGAGAAAUGCAUGUUUCUUUCUAAAGAUCUGUUUCAGGAUGUGGACAGUUCAAAGCUUCCUCUUACGGAGGACCAGAAUAUUAAUGAAGAAGUUCAAGCUUUCAAAAUGAAAUGCCAAGAUGAAAGCCAUUUGUUGCAAGGUGGCAAGAACAUAAUUGGUUCAAAAAUAAGAAUCUAUAGUUUGAAACCAUCUACUCAGUGGUUCACAGCAACAGUUGUAAAUGGCAAUCUGACUAAAAGAACCCUGGAAGUCAACUGUGAGGAGAUGCCAGCUUUAAAAACACUUGAUCCAGAACUGAUUCAUGUUGAAAUUAUACACGGAGACGAUGGAAAGUGUGAUAAAUCCAAAAGAAAUAGGGGUCUGAAAAGAAAAUCAUCUGAGAAAAAAGGAAGUGUUGGUGCCAAACAAACAAAAUCUUGUCUUAAGGGAUCUCCUGGUCAGGGCCAUGUGCAGUCGGUACCAACAGUGUUUGGUGAAGUACUGCUGGGAUGCACACCUGCAACUCCUGUCAGUAAAGGCCUGAGGCACCAAGGCAUGUCUCAGCCGGCUAACUCGCCUCCCAACCUUGGUGCAGAAACUCCUCCAGGCAUCUGCAGACAAAGCCAACCAGAAGCACAUCCUUCCAGUCUUAAUACUAGUGUUAAAAUGCCAAAAGAAGAUCCAGCUGCCUUUCACACAGAGGUUCUGUCUAAAGAACAAACUAAAAAUCUUAAUGAUCAGAAUGGUAUCCAUACCACUUUGACGAACCCAGAAUCUCCAUCUUUGACCGACUCUCACAAUGGCAAACCAAGUGACUUGAAAAGCAAAUGUGAACCCUUUGUCAAUCUGAUGACAAAUGCCCCAAAGGAGUGUGUUUCUGUAAAACCAACACAGCAUCUUAAUAGCUCUUCCAGGUCAACGUCAAGGACCAGUGGAACUUCUGAACUUCAGAAAUUUUUUGAUUGUAAUCCCUCAACAUCAGAUGCCCAUUCUGUCCCUUUUACUGAGCCUGGAGUUAAAUUGCAAAACAGUUGCAAGGCAACCAAGGCAGAAAAUUCUUCAUCUGUAUGUUCCGCAAUUAAAGGAAACUGUAACGAAUUUCUGUACGAGAGAAAUGAAAAUGAAGGGAUUUCGAAUGGAAUCACCAGUAAAGUCCAGGAUAAUAUAAUUGUUCGCAAGUCAAUUUUGGCAGAUGCUAGUAAAGUUAAGAAGCUGCAACAAAGUGGGGAAGCGUUUUUACAGGAUGGGUCCUGCAAUAACAUUGCACCUCACUUGCAUAAGUGCCGGGAAUGUCGCCUGGACAGCUACCGGAAAAACAAAGAGCAAAGGGACUCCACUGUCUUCUGCAGAUUCUUUCACUUCAGGAGGCUUCAGUUUAAUAAACAUGGUUUGUUACGUGAAGCAGGCUUCUUAACUCCCAACAAAUAUGACCCUGAGGCUAUUGGCUUGUGGAUGCCAUUGGCAAAAAACGUUAUGGGUCUAGAUCUGGACACUGCAAAGUAUGUUUUAGCCAACAUUGGAGACCACUUCUGCCAGCUGGUGAUAUCUGAAAAGGAGUUCAUGUCUACUAUAGAACCACACAAGCAGGUAGCCUGGAAGCGUGCUGUCCGUGGGGUUCGAGAAAUGUGUGAUGUCUGUGACACAACAAUAUUCAACCUUCACUGGGUUUGUCCCAAGUGUGGUUUUGUAGUAUGCGUGGAUUGUUAUCGGAUGAAAAAGAAAAGCUUACAUCAAGAUGGUGUAUCUGAGACAUUCAACUGGUUUAAAUGUGUGAAGGGUCAGUUGCAUGAACCGGAGAGUCUAAUGCCUACACAGAUAAUUCCUGGAAAAGCUCUCUAUGAUGUUGGUGACAUUGUUCACUCUGUAAGAACAAAAUGGGGAAUAAAAGCAAAUUGUCCUUGUGCAAAUAAACAGUUCAAGGCACUAUCAAAGCCGACCUUAAAGGAGGAUGCAAAACAGAAUUUAGUACCUGGAGAAAAAUCCACCCAUCUGCACAAUUUUGUCUUAGGCCCACUCGGUACUAGCUGUGAUUCUCCUAUAAAACCAAUGGUUGGAAGUAAACUAGUUUCUUCAGUUAAUACUUCUUCCUUAAAUUGGCUGACUGGCUUAACAAGUGGAAAUGUGAAUAAAGAAAACAAAGAGAAAGUCCUGCCCUCUGCCUUAAAGAAUGAACACAAACCUCUUCAGUCCCUUCCCACAUUUGCGAAGCCAACAACAGCCUUGCAGACGUUCAACAGUGCAAUAUUGACUCCCAUGAGCAGCAACAACAGCACAGGUUUCCUGCGGAACCUACUGAACUCCUCCGGAGGAAAGACUGAGAAUGGCCUCAAGAAUACACCCAAAGUCCUUGAUGAUAUUUUUGCCACUUUGGUGCAAAAUAGAACAGUUACAGAUGUGCCUAAGAAGCCUCAAGGAUUGACUAUAAAGCCUACCAUAAUGGGCUUUGAUACUCCCCACUAUUGGUUAUGUGAUAACCGCUUGCUGUGUCUCCAAGAUCCUAACAAUGAGAGCAACUGGAAUGUCUUCAGGGAAUGCUGGAAGCAGGGGCAGCCUGUAAUGGUGUCUGGAGUGCAUCACAAAUUAAACCCGGAGCUGUGGAAACCAGAGUCCUUCAGAAAGGAAUUUGGCCAGCAGGAAGUAGAUCUGGUUAACUGCAGAACCAAUGAAAUUAUCACAGGAGCUACAGUAGGGGACUUCUGGGAUGGAUUUGAAGACAUUCAAAGUCGCCUUAAGACAGAAGAAGGAGAGCCAAUGGUGUUGAAGCUGAAGGACUGGCCUCCAGGUGAAGACUUCAGAGACAUGAUGCCCUCUCGAUUUGAUGACUUGAUGAAUAACAUUCCAUUGCCAGAAUACACUAGAAGGGGCGGCAAACUCAACCUUGCCUCGAGACUUCCUAACUAUUUUGUUCGACCAGAUUUGGGUCCUAAAAUGUACAAUGCAUAUGGUUUAAUAACUCCAGAAGAUAGAAAAUAUGGCACAACAAACCUCCAUUUAGAUGUCUCGGAUGCAGCCAAUGUUAUGGUUUAUGUGGGCAUACCCAGAGGGCAGGUUAAUCAGGAAGAAGAAGUACUUAAAACCAUACAAGACGGUGACUCGGAUGAGUUGACAAUUAAGCGCUUUACUGAAAGCCGAGAGAAACCUGGAGCUCUGUGGCACAUUUAUGCUGCCAAAGAUACAGAGAAGAUCCGGGAAUUCCUGAAAAAGGUCUCGGAAGAACAAGGUCAAGAGAAUCCUGUAGAUCACGAUCCCAUUCAUGACCAGAGUUGGUACUUGGACCGAUCUCUGAGGAAACGUCUUCAUCAGGAGUACGGAGUUCAAGGCUGGGCUAUCGUACAGUUUCUGGGAGAUGUAGUUUUCAUUCCAGCAGGAGCUCCUCAUCAGGUUCAUAAUCUGUACAGUUGUAUUAAAGUAGCAGAAGACUUCGUUUCUCCAGAACAUGUCAAACAUUGCUUCUGGCUCACUCAGGAAUUCAGAUAUCUGUCCCAUACACAUACGAACCAUGAAGAUAAACUGCAGGUGAAGAAUGUCAUAUACCACGCUGUUAAGGAUGCAGUUGGGAUACUGAGAGCUAAUGAAUCCAGCCUCAGUAGGCCAUAAUGUGACAAGCCUUAACCAUGCACUAUGAAACUGGCAGCUGUUUUAAACUACUCCAUCAGGACCUCUGUGGACUGAGAUGAUAUGAAUGUUACCUCAUCUUCCUUUCAGCAGUACCAGCAGAUCGCGGUACUUUGUUCUGUGUAUUCUUCUAAUGUUUACAAACCCGAGAGAUGUAUAUGUAGAAAUAUUUGCGGACUGUGCCAGACUGUGAAUGCUCAGUUGCAAUUGAACUUUAUAUGGAGCUACUCUCCAAGCUGUACAAAAAUACCUCCUAUAGAAUUUAUGUUGGAGACUAUUCCAGAUUUAUGUUUGAACAAUGUUAAUCAGUCGAGAUAUAUUGUAAAGAUCAAACUUGGUUUUAAAAUUUAUGUUGGGGGGAGGGGCACUAGAAAGAAGUAUGAAGCUGUUUGAUUUAAUAACCAACCUGCACUUAAGUGUACUGAGAAUAGAGUUCUUAAGUGUUACAUUAAUGUAGAACUAGCAUUGAGCUCUUGUAUAUUAACAUGGAAUGGAGAUUAACCAUUGUUAGUUAAAUAUAUUUAAAUUUCUAAAUGUUAAAUGCCCUUUUCAGUAAAAAUGCCUCUGUUUGAAAUGUUGA